UCCUCCUCCUCUCAAAGUGCUGAGAGAGCUGCUGGUUCAUUUCACGUCAGCCUCAGAGCUGUCCGGUCCUUCGUCGUUUCAGGUUUGGGGGGUUGUUCGGUCGUCUCCCUCCCUCCAUUAUUAUCCUUUUUUAUAUAAAAGUAGUGCCAACAUUUUUUUUAUUAUUCCUCCGCCUCACCGGGAGAAGGACCAGGCCAAACCCGGUGAAGAGUGAACUUUAACACCCCCCCUCCUUUACAGCUGCUGCUCCCGAGGCUUCACGGUCCAACAUCAUUUCAUCUUCACCUUUAUAUGUUUUUGGGUGAAAGUUAUCGUCGACUUCAGUGAAGUUUUUUUGUGAUUUUUUUUAAACAUUUUUAUUGGCGUCAUGACUCGGAGAUCCUGUGCCAUUUACGCCACCGGCAUCGUCUGCGCUCACCUCCUGAUUGUGGGGAUCGCCCUGGUGGUGGCUCAAGUCUUCCAAACGAUGAUCCACAGUCGGUUAAAACAGGAAAUUACAUUGACGGAGAAGAGUCAAGUUUUUGAGGGUUGGAAGAACCCCCCUCCUCCUGUUUACAUGGARUAUUACUUCUUCAACAUCACCAACCCUGAGGUGUUCCUGGCAGGAGGAAAGGCGUCGGUUCAACAGAUUGGCCCGUAUACGUACAGGGAGUACAGGCCACGAGAAAACAUAACCUUCCUGGAGAACGGGACAAAAAUUUACGCCCUGAACCCCAAAACCUUUGUCUUUGUGCCCGAGAAGUCCGCCGGCGACCCCGAGGUCGACAUUGUCAGAACCAUCAACAUUCCGCUUGUGGCUGUGAUGAACGAGCUGAAUUCCUACUCCUUCUUCCUUCGAAGCAUGGUCUCCUUGUACCUGAGCGGCAUUGGCGUCGACCUUUUCAUGACCCGCACCGUCCACGAGGUUCUGUGGGGCUUCAAAGACCCGCUUAUGACAAGGAUUCACAAAAUGAAACCUGAAGUGGACGAGUACUUUGGACUGAUGUGGAAGAAAAACGGCACUCACGAGGGAGAGUUUGUUUUCCACACCGGCGUGCAGAACUACCUGGAUUAUGGGAAGAUUGACACGUGGAAUGGCCUGAGGAGAAUGUCGUGGUGGUCCUCCAAUCAGAGCAACAUGAUCAACGGGACGGACGGCGCCGUCUUCCACCCGCUGAUCAACAGGAACGAGCUGCUGUACAUCUUCGCCGCAGAUCUCUGCAGAUCCAUUCAUUUGGCGUACGUGAAGGAUGUGGAGGUGAAGGGAAUCCACGCGUACCGCUUCGCGCCCCCCAACGACGUCCUCAUGAAACCCGAAGACAACCCCACCAACGCCGGCUUCUGCGUGCCGGCAGGAGAUUGCCUCGGCACCGGCGUGCUCAAAGUCAGCGUUUGUCGAGACGGUGCUCCCAUCGUCGUGUCCUUCCCCCACUUUUAUCAGGCCGACCCCGCGUACAUCAACGCCGUCGACGGGCUCAACCCCAACGAGGAAGAGCACGAGACGUACCUGGACCUGCAGCCGACUACAGGGGUUCCUAUUCGUGCCUGUAAGAGAGCUCAGCUCAAUAUCAUCCUGAAGAGAGUCCCAGGCUUCCCUAAAACCAAGCACAUCAACGAGACCAUUUUCCCCAUCAUGUUCGUCAACGAGACUGCAACCAUUGAUGAUGACUCAGCAGCACAGAUGAGGCAGAUGCUCCUCAUCGUGACUGUCGCGUCCAACUUCCCCCUGCUCAUCGUGGGAUUGGGGAUCAUCUUGCUUCUGGUGCUCAUCGUCUUGUUCUGCCGAAACCGCCAGAAAAAGAAUGAAGUAAAACGUAUUGAUUUUACUGAAGCUUUUCAUUCUUUUGCUACGGUGAAGGACGACACGGCGUACACGCCAGUCAGCGACAAACCAGACGACUCRACGGAAAAGCCAGCCAACCAGUCGGCCAAGAACGGCUCGUACAUCGCCAUGUCUCCAGUGGAGGCCCAGAAGUGUUGAUCGAUGGUUGCACCCUACCCCACCCUGAACGGGGGGUGAGGGAGCAGCACGGGGUGGGGGGCGUCACGUUACAGCGGGUGGGGAAAACCGGGACGUAAACCCCAGUGAUUCAGUCCACAGAGACACUGAUCCUCUUCUGUCUUUCCUCCUGUCUAUCUGCUGAGCAUGGCUGCCACUGCCUGCAGUACUGCAACAACCCCCCCAGUCUUAAACUAACACCUCCAUCCUGGUCAACCCAUAAUGAGGACUUCUGUGAGCUGGGGGGGUGCUCAGCCAGGAAAAAGCCUUUUCCAUAAUUCUUCUGCGGGAACAAACUAACAUAGGUGUUGCUGUUGCACACGAAUGCACCACCUUCUGAGCGGACUCCGCCAAAACCUCAGAGUGUUUAGCAUUCAAAUGAACAACAACCGGAGCGUGUUGGUUAUUUAUUUUUUCUUCUUCUGCUCUUCUUUGUGUCCACGUUAAAUGAGGAGAAACCUUUGAGCCUUCAGAUUACACGCAGAUCUUUAGGACAAACAUCUGAGCUCCUAUCGGCUCAGAUUUGGGGGGAAGAAAAAAGGUUUUUGCUAAUUAAARUUAACUUCGUAUAUUUUGUAAACAGCAAAAACUGAGCCACACCAAAAGAUUCUUUUUUUUUCUUUCAGUGUGGGUCGGUGCACCCAGACUUUCACACACCUCUCUUCCAGUAUGUUAUUAAAACUGUGUGCGCCUUUAUCUCACACCUUUAAUGUCCUGCUUUUUUAUUGGACAGUUGUUUGGUUUCUCCCUAAUGUAGGCACGGUGUAGUAUUAAAACAUGAAAAAACCCCUCACUAGUUGAGUUGAAAAUACUCAGAGACCUAGGCUAGAAUUUUUUUUAUUUUAAUAUCAUGGCUAGUUAGAUAUGAAAUUGUUAAAAUUUGUCAGGAAACAAAAAACACCCACUAAACUUACAAGGGAGACUUGAACCUGCUUUCUGCCUUACAGUAGUUCAGCAUGUUCUUUAUGUUCAUACACUGUUAAAAUAAGCUGGAAAUACUUAAUUGUACAAAAGUAUAAGGGGAACUAUUUGACCAAAUCCACCCAGUAGUCCUGGGUGUGCUGAAAAGACACUAACACGGCUGCAGUGUUGAUGCUCCUUCACGUCUACACUGUUGGRUAUUAGAGAAAAAGCACAAUUAGGAUUGUUAAAACCAGUCUGUACACAAGAUUACCAGGUAUUUUGCUUUCUCAAAGUUGUUUGUACUAUUUUUUUUUUUCUGUCAGAGACACUGUCAAAGGGCCGUGACCAUUAAUGAGKCGGGGAGCCCGGUGUGCCACGUUGCAAUCGCUGUUCGUUUUUUGUGUUUCAGCUCUUCUGUCCGCCACAUCAUCGCAUCUCCUGUCAGUGAAUUUAAGGCCAUAAUAGCGAACAAUUCCCCGCACUUUGCCUGGAAAUCGUGCCACUGUGUUUGUGUUUUUUUUUUUUUUUUUUGUCCUAGUUGUUUCAAUGCAAGUGGUCCUUGUGUUGACUACAUUUCAAGGGGUAUUGUUUCUGUGUGUGGAUGUUUGUUACCUGCUUUCAGCACACGGGAGUGUCUUCUGUUUUUGAUAUACUUUGUAUUUGUUAUUGCUGCUAAAGUUGCCAUAACAUUUGUAUUUGUACAUGUGGUGUUUGGUUCCGGGUUGAUCUACAACAAAAAGGGGGCUUUAAUUCAAACCUUAAAAUCUUGAAGGCUUUUGUGUUGCCAACCUUUUUUUAAACACCCGAGCACAAGAUCCAAAGUCCAAAGCUUGCUGCCAUUUUAAAGACGUAUAUAACAUCUCUUAUAAAYCACUCAUUUCUUUAACAGGGAUCAAACCAUAUAUUCAUGUAUUUAUUAGCAAACUGUUUAUUGAUGGCGCUCAAACGGGCCGAGCCAGCUCUGCAUCAUCUGAGACUUGAGGCUGGAAGUCUGAAUCUGGGUCAGUUUGGUGGAGAGCGUGUUAAAAGAACUUUUGUUUGCUUCUCAGAUUAACAAGAAAAAGAAAUGCUGCAAACACCUUUAGUUAAUUAAUAAUGUCCAGAGUGAAACCGCUUUUUGUACUCCACCUUGUGCAAACUUGCAGUUCAUAGUCGUUCACCUUUUUUAUCAAACAUCUCUAAAGGUCUUAAUCGGCGCCACGCCGACCCCAGAGUUCAGUCCUCYGAGCUCGUUGGCUCAUCCCGUCCACUUGACCAAAGAUAACCCGUAUCGAUCCGCCUGGGCGCCCUCCGUUUACUUUCUGUGAUAACAGCUGUGCCACAAAACCGCCACCGCCUACCUUUUUUUAAAGAGAGUGAUGACGAAGAUAAAACAAAUGUGCCACCACUUUUGUGAAGUGUUGUGUGAAUGUUUGUAUGUAUGCGCCUUUUUACAUCAAGGCAAAAAAAAAAGAGAGAAAAUUAAUGGGUAUUGCUUAUUUUUUUUCUUACUCUGCGCAAGUUAAAUCAAUGCUCUCUUAGAGCAGCAAAAAGAAAAUCUCAGUAUUAAUGUAAAACGAAGCAAUACAAAGUUGUGUAUCACACUGUGGAUGUUUGUUUUUUUUCAAGGGGCCACAUAUUUAAGUUGUAUUCUUUGUUAGUUUUUCCUAAUGUAUAAGUACUUUCCUAAUUUCUGUAGCGUGAUUUAGUCACUUAUUGAGUAAAAGCUCAUUUCAUUAUCAUUUCAAUUAUUUUUAUCACUGGAUAAUAUAUAAAUAUAUAAAUAGAUGGACCAGUUUGWGACACUGGGGACAGAGUUGUACAGAGUGUUUUAUAAGUAGUUCUGGUUUUGUGUGUUUGUGGGGGAAGAAAAUGCACCAUUUCUGACAAACUGGAGCGAUUGGCUGGAAGGCUGAUUAUCUUGACUGAGUGAAGCUUUUUAAUGCGGUGGAUCAUAUUUAGAUGAAUGAAGCCCUCCUUCAGUUAUGAGCACUAGUGCCAUCUCUCUUUUUUUUUGGUCAUUAUUUUUUAUUUUAUCCAUUUCUUUUGUAACACCCAUGUCUUCCCAUUUCAACCUUCUAACAGACAUUUCCCUUUUUGAGAAAUACUAAUUUUGGUUUUGCUGCUGAAGAUGACAAUCCCCCACCCCCCCUCAUCCCAUCAUUUUGUCAUGUUARGUGCAAAAUAAUGUCUAAAGUAAUAUCCAUUUUUAGUUUUGAUAAUUUACAGUGCACAGAUGUUUAUACAGUGCUUUUGUAAAAGAUUUCUAGUGUAUUUGCAAAAAACAAAAAGAAAAUAAAAGUUGCAUUUAAGUGCAAA